AUGGCGUCGCGCGGCCGCUGUCCGAGUCUGAGCAGGUUACUGCUGGCUGCCAAGCAUGUCAAACUCCAAUCUAGACUGUGUGCGCUGCAGGGAAGAGCGCAGUAUUCCACUGUGUACAACCCAAAUGAGGAGACCUUUGAAAAGAUCUUGGUGGCUAACAGAGGAGAGAUUGCUUGUAGGGUGAUGAAGACCUGUAAGAAGAUGGGAAUCCAGACAGUAGCAGUUCACAGUGAUGUUGACGCCAGUGCUGUCCAUGUGAAGAUGGCGGAUGAGGCCAUAUGCGUUGGACCUGCGCCUACAAAUAAAAGCUAUCUCAACAUGGAUGCUAUCAUGGAGGCUAUCAGAUCUACUGGAGCACAGGCAGUUCAUCCUGGAUAUGGAUUUCUCUCUGAAAACAAAGAGUUUGCGAAAAGACUUGCAGCGGAGGGCGUUGCAUUUAUUGGACCAGACACACAUGCCAUUCAAGCGAUGGGAGAUAAAAUAGAAAGCAAACUGAUUGCGAAGGCGGCCAAGGUGAACACUAUUCCAGGCUUUGAUGGAGUUGUCCAGAAUGCAGAGGAUGCCGUGAAAAUUGCUCAGAGUAUUGGUUACCCAGUGAUGAUAAAGGCAUCAGCCGGGGGAGGUGGCAAAGGGAUGAGAAUUGCCUGGAACGACGAGGAGACCAGAGAAGGCUUCCGCUUCUCAUCUCAGGAGGCUGCAUCCAGCUUCGGUGACGACAGGCUCCUGAUUGAGAAGUACAUUGACAACCCUCGGCACAUAGAAAUACAGGUUUUGGCAGAUAAACACGGCAACGCUCUGUGGCUGAACGAGCGAGAGUGCUCAAUUCAGAGGAGGAACCAGAAAGUAGUAGAAGAAGCCCCCAGCACGUUUCUGGAUCCUGUGACGCGGAAGGCGAUGGGCGAGCAGGCGGUGCAGUUGGCUAAAGCCGUGCAGUACUCCUCCGCCGGGACUGUGGAGUUCCUCGUGGACUCAAGCAAAAACUUCUACUUCUUAGAGAUGAACACUCGUCUACAGGUGGAGCACCCCAUCACAGAGUGCAUCACGGGCCUGGACCUGGUGGAGCAGAUGAUCCGUGUAGCCAAAGGUUUCCAGCUCCUGCACAAACAAGAAGACAUUCCUAUUAACGGAUGGGCCAUUGAGAGUCGCGUUUAUGCGGAGGAUCCAUACAAGUCUUUUGGUUUGCCAUCGAUCGGGCGCUUGUCUCAAUACCAGGAGCCACUCAACAUUAGCAAUGUGCGAGUUGACAGUGGCAUUCAGGAAGGCAGUGACAUCAGCAUCUACUAUGACCCAAUGAUUUCUAAGCUUGUGACGUACGGUGCGACCCGAGCAGAAGCCCUGGCAAAGAUGGAGGAUGCUCUGGACAACUAUGUGAUCAGAGGAGUGACCCACAACAUUCCCCUCCUGCGGGAGAUCAUCACUCACCCUCGCUUCAUCUCUGGAGACAUCAGCACCGGUUUCCUUCCUGAGGUUUACCCCGAUGGAUUUAAGGGCCACCAGCUCAACAGAGCGUGUUGCCACGAGCUGUUGGCUUCUGCCGCAGCGCUGUUUGUGACUGCAGAGCUCCGGUCGCACAAAGUGGUCGGGCCACAGAGAGUGGCCUGCAGCCCGGUGGAGAGCAGUAGCUGGCAGCUGUUUGUGGAGCUGGAAAAACAACUUCAUGAAGUCAGCGUCACCAAAGCCGGAAACACUUACACUGUUGUUGUGAAUGAAGACACGGUUGAAGUGAAUGGAGAGUGGAACCUGGCCUCUCCUCUGCUGCCCCUGACCAUCAACAACACUCCCAGAAUGCUGCAGUGUCUCUCUCGUGCAGCUUCAGGAGAAAUGUGUCUCCAAUUCCUCGGCACAUCGUUCAAACUUCGGGUCCUGACCAAGCUGGCUGCAGAGCUGAACGCCUACAUGCCUGAAAAAGUCCCAGAAGACACCACCAGUAUCCUGCGCUCCCCAAUGCCAGGGUCCAUUAUUGCAGUGUCUGUCAAAGUCGGAGACACGGUCGCAGAAGGUCAGGAAAUCUGCGUUAUUGAAGCUAUGAAGAUGCAGAACAGUUUAACAGCGGUCAAGCAAGCAAAGGUCAAAAGUGUCCACUGUAAAGCCGGAGAGACUGUCGGGGAGGGAGACCUGUUGGUGGAGCUGGAGUAG